GUCGGAUGGAUUUAUGUUGACAUUUGAUCUGUAACUCCUAAUUCCACCCACUCACCGACACACACACACAUCCACACCCACUCACUCCUCCAUUAAUCACACUCGCAACAAAAUAUACACCACACACACAAUUCAAUUCAUACAAAAACUCUCUCAAGUAACCUCACCGUGUACACACAGACGGCUGGCAAAAGAAAGAGGGGGAGAAAAGACAGCAACCAACAACACACAAUACACUCCAAUUCUCCAUUGAAAUACACACUACAAGAUAUACACAGCAACAACACAGCGAUGGGGGUAUUAGUGAGAAUACAUUCACUGGAAAUUUGAAAACACACACACACAGAGUAGAAAUCGAGAGAGUAGAGAGGGAACUGGGGGAGAAGAUCGUCAGUGGGAAAAUCAAGAGUAGAGAAAAGAGAUUAUUUCAGAGAGAGUGAAUCGAGGGAGAAUUGAGAGGGAGAGUUACGGCAGAGAGAGGGAGAGUUACGGCAGAGAGAGAGGUCUUUCCGGCGAGGCAUCACUGAAAACGUUGCCGCGGUCAGGUUCUCUCUGUUUUUCGUCAUUGUCGGAGCUCGCCGGAGUUCCGACGCGACGGGAACGACGACCCCAACUUUAAUCCGACCGAAUUGGACCGACUUUAGUCCGAUUUCGGCGAAAUCUGCCGGAAAACGGUGGAAACAGUAACGGGCAGAUAUUGAGGUUGUUUUGUUCGUAUUGAGUUUUUUUCUGCGGGUUUUUUAAUCUUUUCGGGUUGCUGUUCUCGAUACCGAGUUGAGUUUGGUCGUUGUUGAGGUUUGAUUCGGGGUAUUCCGGUGGCAGCCGUCGAACAAUUUGCGGAUUGAAAUAAAAUUGAGGUUUUUCGGGAGGAAUUGAAGCGGAAAAUACCAAGCUGUUCUUUAUACGUAGGGAAAAAACAGAUUUAGCUUGUUGUUGAUUAACGAGAGAGACAGUGCAAAGCUAUUACACUAAUCUAGUAAAUAUAUAUAGUAAUAGUAAUUAUAAUAAUUGGACCCAAAAAGGCGAGCAAUGCCUACAACAGCAACUUAUGGCUCUUCCAGUUUGCUCGAGUCAGACUCCCAACGCCAUCUGGUCAAGGAGGUGAGAAGUCACGAGGUUGCUAUUGCCGAGCUUAAUAACCUUCCUGCUUCUCGGGCUGUCUACCAGAGAAAUGGCAAUCUAUUCUUCCGUACGACUGUUCAGAAAGCAACAGCAUCAGAACAAAAACAAGUGGACAUGGUCAAAUCUAAGCUACAAAUAUUAAGCUCCUCAUGAGGUCAUCAAGAUUCCUUCAGUUUGAGAGGCGGCGAAGAGGUAAAACCAACUCUUUGCCGUGGAGCGUGUAAAUCUAUCUUUGCUGUUAAUGCUAUGCAAUCUGGGAGCUUUACAUACCUGUUGGAGUUGGAAUUAUCGGUGUGUUUUGACUUCAAAAUUUUUUGGAAGAUGUUUUGAAAUGAAGAUUACAUAAUGAAAGGUGUUACAAUCUGGCAUUUCAAUUGGCAACAUGAGAUUACGAACUUGUGUAAAAUUUAACCGUCAGAUUUUCUAGUUUAUACAAAAAGAGUGGCCACUUACCUCA